ACUUCCUCAACAUCCAAACUCAAUACACAAACACAAAGAAAAAGUAGAAGAAGAAGAAGAUGACUAUUGUGAUUGAGCAACCACUCAAUGAAGCUGGAAGGGAGGAGAAGAGUCUUGUUUCUGGUGACUUUGUUUUAGAUGGAGGUUUUGUUGUUCCUCAGAUCAACUCUUUUGGGCAAACUUUCAGGGAUUAUGAAGCUGAAUCAGAAAGGAAGAAAACAGUGGAGGAGUUCUACAAGAACAACCACAUUAAUCAGUGUUAUGAAUUUGUGAAGAAGAUGAGAGAAGAUUAUGGGAAAUUGAAUAGAGUGGAGAUGAGCAUUUGGGAAUGCUGUGAAUUGCUUAAUGAGUUUGUUGAUGAAAGUGAUCCCGAUCUCGAUGAACCACAGAUUGAACACUUGUUGCAGACUGCUGAAGCCAUUAGAAAGGAUUACCCUGAUGAAGAUUGGCUUCAUUUAACUGGUCUUAUUCAUGAUUUAGGAAAAGUUCUUUUGCAUAAAAAAUUUGGAGAACUUCCUCAAUGGGCAGUUGUUGGUGAUUCAUUCCCUGUUGGUUGUGCAUUUGAUGAAUCAAAUGUUCAUCAUAAGUAUUUUAAGCAAAAUCCAGAUUUCGGUAAUCCGAAAUACAACACUAAACUUGGAGUUUAUUCUGAAGGAUGUGGACUUGGCAAUGUGUUGAUGUCUUGGGGACAUGAUGAUUAUAUGUAUUUGGUGGCUAAAGAGAACAAAACAACUCUUCCUUCUGCUGGGCUUUUCAUCAUCAGAUAUCAUUCGUUUUACCCAUUGCACAAACAUGGAGCUUAUAGUUAUUUAAUGAAUGAAGAGGACAAGGAGAACUUGCAAUGGCUGCAUAUUUUUAACAAAUAUGAUCUUUAUAGCAAGAGUAAGGUUAGAAUUGACGUGGAGAAGGUGAAGCCAUAUUACUUAUCUUUGAUUGAAAAGUAUUUUCCGGCUAAGCUGAGGUGGUGAAGAAGAGAACAUUGGAUCAUUCUUCAAUAAGAGACUCAAUGAUUGAUUGAUUGAUUGAUUGAUUGAUUGAUUAUAAUCAUUAUCAAGUUAUGUAAUCUGAAUAUAUAUUUUGUAUUUCAAUGAAUUAUCUCAAUAAUGAUCAAAGUUUCCAUUUGAUUAAUUAUGCUUU